GGGCUGUCGUCCCCGGGGACCGGGCUGGAGAUGUUGCCAGUUCCCUCGCUAAGUGUCCGGACCAGGCUCUGAUUUUAACUCCUGACCCCAGAACAGAAGUCAUGGGCUGGAGACUGAUUACGAAGAAAGGAGCAAAUCUGCCGGAAAUUAUCCCUGGGAGUCAUAUUGGAAACAUUCAGGAUUACCACAGGCACAGGUAUAAACAAGGAAUUCCCGAAGGUGUGAAAGAUCUCCCUCCUGGAGUAGCCCUGCCGCUGGAAUCAAACCUGGCUUACAUGAACGGCAUCAGCUUUACCAAAGGCUGUUACAUCGGGCAGGAGUUGACAGCCAGGACCCACCACAUGGGCGUCAUUCGCAAACGUCUGCUGCCGGUCCGCUUCUCAGCUCCUCUUCCCAAGGACAGCAUUCCCGAGGGUGCCGAGGUCUUAACCGAAUCGGGAAAAUCAGCCGGCAAGUUCCGGGCAGGAGGAGAUGAACUUGGUAUCGCUUUGCUGAGGUUAGCUAAUAUAAAAGCUCUGCCUAAAUAUAGCAGGUGAUAAAGUGAAGCUCACUGCAAGUAUACCCGAGUGGUGGCCAAAAACCGCUAGUAAAUAAAUGAGGAACCACCACUCGCACGUUUGCCUUACUGAGAAUAUAUUUUGCGUGGUAAGUUUGGGGAGAUGACUCUGCCUUGCGCUGUUGUUUGUGGUGUUUGACAGCGGUGGGCGGGGGGGCAUCACAGGAGUCCUAAAAUCAGGACUAAACCAGCGGCGGGUCACUAAGGACAGGAGGAUAAUCUGUUGUGGAGAGACCUGUAGCGGGUACGCAGGGACAUGCGCCUUUUUUUGGGGGGUGCCCCGUAUUUAUUUAGGGGGUGCCACGUGUUGUUGGGUUGGACUCAGAAUAUUCAGUCCACCGCUUUGCGGUGUGUGCUCAGACCGAAGCGAGCGACGGGAGCGGGCGUUCCCCCGUUGUAUGCACGGAAUGUUUCUGUUCAGAGUAACCAUUCUGUGGUAUUAUAAUGUGGUUUUUUAGUAUUUUUUUUUUUUUUUAACAGAGAGCAUGCUGCUCUUACCUUGCAUAAGAUAUACACUCAGGCUAAAGUGUUCGCUGCAAACUUCUUGCGUUGAGCUGCUUCUUAAACUUGCCGAUUGGGCGGGUGGUUUUGCCCACCACACUAAUUGUGUUCAGGAAGAAGAAUACCCCGUACUCCACGUUUCAGACCUUGAUUUUAAUAAUUCGUCCCUGGUGGGAAAGCUCUCGAACAUCCCGGUCCCGUCCCCUGCUUCAGCGCCGGCAGAGGGAGCGCAGCCAGCAUUGGCUGGUUCCUCUGCUGCUUCUGACCUCGGUCAUGCACAGUCACACCCAAACGACUGUUUUCGGAGAGGAAAGUGGUAUUUGACAGAAAUAAGGCGUGCUGGUGCGUGCCCUGGGUGACUAUUGUAUCGGUGUACCGAUGCUUGGCAGAAUAAUCUCUUACUGGCAUGCGCCCUCCAGUUGCCAACAACAGUUGAGGGGUGGAUUUUAUUUUCUUUUUUUGGCAUCUCCAUCUUUGCUCUGUCAUCUCACAGAAAAAUCCUCCGCCCCUUCCUGAAGCCUUUGGCAGGGGUUACCUCCAUCUCUCCACAGCGCUGGUGAAGGGGCAGCAUGUCCCCGUCUCAGACCUUUGCUCCUUCCCUCCGCGUUGAGCUGUGGUCCCUGGAGAAGGGGUUAAUGCCACCUGUGCUCUCGGCUUUCCCGAUGGAGGAUUUUCACCACCAUCGUUUCUCUGGCUGCCUUCACCACCACCCUUGUUCUGAGAGCUCUCUGCACCCCUUGUACAAAAACCUGGCCGGGGCGAGCCCCUGCUGCUGUCUCUAGCUGAGGUUUUCUCCGUCCGCCCGCCCCCUGUGGGUUUUCAGAGCAGCCCAGUACCUCAGGGUUUCUCUGCUCCAUUUUUCUGGCCCCCGCUGCUCUUCUGCCUUUGCGCUUUUUCUUCCUUCUGUGGUCAGCGUAUUCCUCUUUGCCCCCCCCAAGCCAACCAGCUCUGCGCCUCCUAACCCUGCCAGCCUGUGGUAACUUACAGGAUCCCCGUGUGGUUUUGCAUUACAAUAAAUCCAUUGUGC